CGUUUGAGACUUCUAGUAGUGACUAGUGAGUAGCAGAGUAGCAACUGCGAGGAGCAGCAAAAUGAGUUUCCUCCAACGCCUUCUUCACGGUCCCUCGAAAUCCCCAUUUCUCACACCACCAUCACCACACUAUUCCACCUCUUAUUCUUAUUGUUCAAAGCAAGAAAGUUCCCAUCCCCAAACACGUCCUUAUCCUCCUCUAACACAACAACAACUCUCCAACCUCAACCACCUUCUCCCCCGCCUCCUCUCUCAACCGGACCACCUCCCCACCGCCCUCCGCCUCACCUCCGCCGCUCUCCACACCACCACUCCUCUCCACGCUCUCCCUCUCUCUCCACUUAUCCACUCCCUCACCUCCCACCCGGACACCUCCCCUACCUUCUCCCUCCUCACGCGCCUUCGCCACGCGCCUCAAAUCCACCACCACAUUUCCCCAAUCGCCCUCAUGCUCCUCACUUCCUACUUCAACAACCGCAUGUGCAAGCCCGCCCUCGCCGUCUUCCGCUGGCUCCGCCGCCCUGACUCCCCCUCUCCCCCGACCAGGCAGGUCUACGAGGUCGUCAUAGAAGGUCUUUGCAGGAACGGAUUCAUGUUCGAGGGUUUAUCGGCGGCGAGGGACAUGGUGGUGGCUGGCGAGCUGGUGGCUCCUUGUGGCAGCUUGAGGGAGUGGAUUUAUCGGGGGAUGUUGAAGGAGGCGAGGGUGGAGGAUGCGGUGGAGUUGAACAAUGCAAUUUUGAGAUUCGAGAAAUGCGGCGGCAGUGAUGAUGAGGAAGAAUGUAAGGAGAGGGUUUUGGCGGUGCUGGAACGCGUCAUUGCUCGGUGGAAUGAGUAGAAACAAGAAUACAUAACCGGCUAAACCGGCGGCUGCAACAACUGCUAUCACCAAAAAUGCGAGGAACCGCCCAAAUCUUGAUCCACUUCUUUCUGCAUUGUUAACAGGUGCAGCCAUCACACUGACAAGCGCUUCGGUCCUUGCAUUCAUCAACAUCUAUCAAACCAAAAGAGAAGUUUAAUACAAUUAUAUUCUUCCAAAAUUAGUCAUUUAGUUGCAUGAGUGGAAACAGAUAUUACCUUCACAUUUGUAUCCAUCCCCAUGGAAUCCAACUGGGCAACGACAACCAUUUACUAUAAAUUCCUUUACACAUAAACUGAAUUCAGUAAGCUUUGAAGCAUAACAAGGAAAGUGAUUCAAUAAAUAUUUACUAUUUUAUAACAACCAGAAACGUGAAUAAGAGUUGGUUAAGCAGUACUAAACUGAGCAAGCUGAGAAAGUUAAUUUGUUUUUAGUUUCUGACCAACAACCUCCAUUGUUUAUUGAACACCUUGCAGGUCCAAAAGCUGUAAAAUAAGGCAAGGCAAGUCUCAGCAACACCAUGAAGAAACUGGAAUAUCUCUUUGAUUAUCACAGAUAAAACAUGUAAGAAUACAAGUUUCCUCUUAAAUGGGGAAUGGAGAUCAUGUAAUGAGUUUCUUCUUUUCUUCUUCUUCAGUAGUAUGUUCACUCUAUUAUGUAUUAACCGUGGACCCCCUGGAUUAGAUGUUUGAGCUUUGAAUAUUUUACUAAUAUUGACAUACAAAUGUUUUGUA